AUGAAUCAACUUUCAUAUGGGUCACUAAAAUCACUGAGAAAAAGAAAACAUAAUCUUUUUACUUCACGUAAAUCAUCUGCUACAUAUUUCUCCACCUCAACUGUCGAAAAACUUCCUUCCCAUUUGGAAAGCUGUCCGGAUACGAAAUCUCUGAAAAAGCUGCAAGCUUGCGUGAUCAAACGCGGUCACAAUUCCCUUGCAAAAUUUGAUCUUUCGGCAGAAUCUAAACGUAUUUCCUACGACGAUUCCUCUUCAUGGAAUUCAAUCAUCCUAGGAUAUUACAAAGCCGAUCAAUACGAUGAAGUUUUAGCAACUUAUUUGAAUUUGAGGCUGAAAAACAUCGGGAUUCAUGGUUCAUCAAUUACUUCUGCUCUGAAAAGUGUUGCCGAGCUGGGAGCUCACGACUUCGGAAGGAAUUUGCAUACGGAUGCUGUUAAAUUUGGAUUGAGUUGUAAUCCAUUUGUGGGGUCCUCACUGAUAAAGUUUUACUCUAGAUGUGAUCAAAUUGUGGAUGCAGCCAAAGUGUUUGAUGAAAUUACUGAGAAGGAUUUGGUUGUUUACACUUCAAUGGUGACGGCUUAUGCUCAAGUUGUCGGUUGUCAAAAUCAAACUUAUAAAGCUUUCGGAGUCGUGCACAGUAUGCAGAAUGAUGGGCUCGAUCCCAAUAGGGUAACCCUCGUGAGUUUACUUCAAUGCACGUCACGUUCGGGAGCUGUGAAAGAAGGUAAAUGCAUUCAUGGAUUUGCAGUUAGGAGGGAGAUUGGUUUUCGUGAUGAAGUCUUUCAAACGAGUUUAUUAGAUAUGUAUAUAAAGUGCGGUUAUCUAGAAAGCGGCGUUAGGAUUUUUCACAUGAUGAGCAAAAAGAGUACCGGCUCGUAUAAUGCUCUGAUAACGGGUCAUCUUCAAACGGGAAGACCUUUAGAAGCCUUCAAACUUUUCUGCAGGAUGGUUAAAAAACACGAGCUUGAGGUUGAUUUGAUUGCCUUAGCAAAUGGGUUGUUGAGUUGUGCGGAUUUGUGCGAUUUGCUUACUGGAAAAAGUAUACAUUGUCACAUGAUUCGAAAAGGGGUCCGUCUCGAUAUCGUCUGUACCACAGCUUUAAUCGACAUGUAUUCUAAAUGUAAGCAUUCAUCUGCUGCCGUAAAUAUUUUCAGCACGACAGAAAAUAAAGACGAUGCUUUAUUUAAUGUUAUGAUUGCCGGUUAUAUACACAACGGAUUUAUUUCUCGAGCCAUUGAGGUAUUUCGUGAAAUGGUAAUAAACGAGCAUGUUCGGCCGAAUGUAAGUACCAUAAUUUACGUUCUUUCUUCAUUGUCCGGCAAGGAAGCUUUACGCACGUGCAAGAGCAUUCAUGGGUAUGUUUUCAGACAAGGGUUCGAAACAAAUACAGACAUAGGAAAUCAAUUUAUAAGCUCGUACGCAAGAUGUGGCUUCAUGGGUUACGCUCGACAAGUGUUCGAUAAAAUGAAGUUCAGAGAUCGAGUUUCGUGGACAUCAAUGAUGACGGGCCUCUCGAACCACGGCCUUGCUGAAAACGCAAUAACCUUGUUUUUAAAGAUGCAAAACGAAAAUAUGCAACCCGAUCCUGUUACUUUCACGAUUUUGCUUCAGGCAUUGGACCAGCUCGGUUAUCUAAUGCUGGUAAAGGAGGUUCAUGGACGUAUUUACCGAUUAUUUUUAGAAAAAGACACGACCUUGUCGAAUUCCCUCAUUACUAUCUACAGCAAAUGGGGAAAAUUCGAGAUGGCCCGCGAUUUGUUCGAGCAAACGGGCCGAACGCAAAGGCAUUUGUCGACGUGGAACACCAUGAUAUCCGCGUACGGCAUGCAUGGAGACAUUGCCCAGGCUCUGAACCUGAUCGUACAGAUGGAAAAAGACAAUCUUGCCCCUGAUGGGUUCACGUUCAAAUCGAUACUCUCCGCGUGCAGCCACGCCGGGUUUGUGGAGGAGGGCUUGCGUGUGUUCAGGUCCAUGGAGGAAAAAUACGGUGUUUUGCCGUCAGACGAGCAUUAUGGCUGUGUGGUGGACUUGUUGGGCCGGGCCGGAAGGUUAGAAGAGGCUUAUGAUUUUUUGGAACGGGCCCCUUCAAGGAGGAAUGUGUCAACUGUUGGGGCUCUUCUUGCAGCUUGUAGGGUUCACGAUAAUCUGGAGAUGGGUGGGAGAGUGGGGAAAUGGCUGUUGGAUGUGGGCCCGGAGAACACGAGCGCUUACUGCUCGGUUUCGAAUAUGUAUGCCGGAGAGGGAAGGUGGGAUGAAGUCGCGCGUAUAGGGAACAUUGCGCAGGGGAAAGGUCUGAAAAGGGUUCCUGGAUUUAGCCGUGUAGAUUUGAACUGA